AUGUCACAAGAACCCAGAAUCCUUGAUGUAUACGGCCCCGGUACUCAUACCGACCGCACAUUCGUCCCUGUUCCCCAAGACACACAACGCAUCUUCCGUCUCGUCGCCUCUCAAACACCCGGCUUCACCCAAGAUGAUUCCAUCCUUUCGAAAGUCAGAUUCACUGGCGAUGAGUUCCCAGUCAUCUCCGGUCCUAUUAAGGCGGUCUCAGUAGCUGCCGCUCUGCAUGCCAUGGCUGGUGUAGUAGCUGACGAGAUCCUCACUCUUCGAGGUGUCGAGGACAAGGAGCGAAAAGUAACUGUGAAUACGACCCAUGCCGGAAUUUGGUUUGGUAACAUCGCUACUGCAUAUGUUGGUGGCAAGGAUGCCCUUGCAUUGGCCAAGUCUGGAGAAUUGAAGAGGCUGUUGCCAGAUUGGGAACGAGGAUGGGUUGAUACACCUCUCAAGUAUCGCACCACAGGGCUUUAUCCUACAUCUGAUCCCGACGUUUGGUACUCACUCCACGGCUCCAUGAACGCAGAGCCAGUCCUCAGGUCUAUCGGCGUGGACCCAGCUGAGGCUAUCACCUCCAACGAAGAAGCAGCCGCGCACAUCGCAAAUUUCACAAGCAAACUCUCACCUGAGAAGCUUGAGUUCACAAACCUUGUCAACGGCAACUGCGGCAGUAUUUGCUUCACACCCAAGCAAUGGAACGAAAGCGAGAUGGGCAAGUCACUCGCUGCUCAUCCUCUCAUCAAUGUCAAGGCUCAACCCCAAGCUAUUCCUACACCUCCCGUUGCUUUCCCUCCUCUUGAUUCAGCCGAUAAGCGCCCUCUGGCUGGUACCAAAGUCGUUGAGAUGACCCGUGUCAUCGCCGGCCCUCAAAUCGGCACGAUUCUUUCCAGCUUCGGCGCUGAUGUUAUCAGGGUCAAUCCCCCUCACUUACCCGAUAUCAACAUUAUGCAACUUACUCUCAACGCCGGGAAGCGCACUAUCGGUAUUGACCUUCGGAAGCCCGAGGAUGCUGCUAUCAUCAAGUCUCUUAUCGCAGAGGCAGAUGUAUUCAUCCAAGGCUUCCGUAUGAACAAGAUGCCCAAGUUUGGCCUUGGAUUGAACGACAUCCUGAAGAUGGCUGGAGAGCGAGGUCGUGGUAUUGUUCACGUUUCGGAGAACUGUUAUGGCCCUGAUGGAUAUUACGCCGAGAGACCUGGCUGGCAACAAAUUGCUGAUGCAGCUGCUGGAUCAGCAUACGUCACUGGUCGUUCUCUCAACUUGCCCGACAACGAAGCUGUCCUGCCUUCGCUACCUGUUAGUGACAUGACUACUGGUGUUCUCGGUGCAGUAGGUACUCUUAUGGCCCUUCGCGAUCGCGCCACCAAGGGCGGAAGCUAUGCUGUUCACGCAUCUCUCGUCGCAGUCAACGCGUUCGCUCUUCGAUCUGACGUUGGCCUCUACUCACCCGAAACAGUCGCCGAAUGUGCUAAGCGCUUCCAGUGGACAGAAAUGAGAGGAUCGCAUCAUGUUCUUGAUCUUAUGAUGACGGUUUGGGAUGGCUGGAAAAGAGUCCUUGUUAGGGAGUUGGCGGAAGAUGGUGGAUGGUACCAGAGCUUUGAGACAAGCGCCUUUGAUGGAAAGAAACUGAGUAUCUUGAAGCCUGUUGUUAGCUUGAGCGAUGACGAGGUAACGCCGAGAUGGAAGACACCCAGUGUUCCUUAUGCUUAUGAGAAGGCUGAGGCCAUCAAGUUCCAGUAA